AUGUGCGUGUGCACACCCACGCCCAGCGGCCAGAAGCUCCCUCCGUGCGUGAGCGCGCCUGGCCAAGGUCACGCGUGUGCGCGCAGCAUCUGUGUCAGCGGCUGGCGCGGAGCCGGGCGGGGGGGCCCGGCCUUGGCCGGGGCAGCAGCGGGAGGAGGAGGAGGAGGAGGAGGAGGAGGAGGAGGAGGGAAGCGCGGCUCAGACAGCGCGGCGCCAGCAAACACCUGCAAACAGCUCCGGGCACACAAUGGCAAAUACAGGUGGGAACCGCCGCCUCCGUCAGCGCAGCGAUUGCAUCAGACUGCGGCGCUUGCCAAGAGGCGAACGAGCCGGAUCCCGGGCCACCGGCACCGCAGCGGGGCCGCGCUCGACCUUCACCACUCCUCCUCCCCGGGAUUAGUUUAUCCCCUCUUCACCCCCUUUUCUGCACCCCUGCAGUGUAGCUGGGGUGGUAAAAGUAACGCCGGACUUACUCCGCCAGGAGCAUUUUUCUCGUUCCAGCUGUUCUCCCUGAGGGUUUUCCAGGAAAGCAUCGGCAUCCCACAACAGCCAAGAUGCAGUGGUUUCUGGAUGGACACCUUCACCUGCCUCUCACCGUGCCGGACAGCCCGUGUCACUGCAUCCUACCCCACCCAGAGGUGCCAGAGGAUACCCUGCCCUGGGCACAUCAAGCUGGGGGGAGGGAGGAAAGUUCCCAGGGGCUGGUGAUCCAGUUGUACCGGGUGGUGCUUUUUGGAAGCUCCACGUGCUGCUUUUCUCUGUGGAAAUGCCCAUGGACAAGAUGCAUUUGGCAGGUGCUAGCUGCACCCCAAGCUCCUGUUCUCUGUCAUUGGGAUAGAGGCUGAAGUGUGUGUGGGUGAAGCUUUGUAUCACUCUGUGCUCCGAGACCCUUGUGUCUUCUCCCUCCUCCUGUUCCCAUUAUGCAGCCUUUAACCCAGCACCCCUGGAUGCUGCAGCACCCUAGGGACACCCCAAUGCCACGGGGCAGAACCCUCAUCAUGCCUGGCUAAGCCCAUGGCAGCAAAACCAGAGCCAAGCACAGGGAAUAAAGAUGAUGGUGCUACAGGUGGGGGUGAAGUCAAUUUAACUUCAUCCUAGGCAGGCCAGCACCUUCCCCAGGGAGCAUGAUCUGGGCUCCACAGCUGAGCCAGCCCGGGGUCACAUCUGUUCUGCACCUAGGCCAAAGGGAAACCGGAGCAUUACCCAAGGGAAGGGAAAAGCAUUUUUGCUCCCAACACCUCUUCCCUGCAGUGUUGACUCCAAGGAGAUCAGGCCAAGCAGGGACUGCUCUCUCAAUUCUACCUGGGGCAGCAAAAGCAGUCCAGAAACUCCUCUACCCCUAUGGAGUAUAUCCUGGCGGAGCAGCUCAAAUCCAGCAUCAGGGCACCUAUCAGCUCAUUUCCACAUGGCUAAAAGUGGAAAAAAGUGUGUUUUUCCCUCCUUCCCAGGGCUCCAGCUACACCUCUAGAUGGUCCCCGGGGCUCAGCAUCUCGUCUUCACUCCUUCCGUAUCAGAUGAGCACAGCAGCACACAAAAUAGCUGGCAGCUCAGGGUUAAUUCCUCCCAUACCUGAGCUGACAUUUCUAUUACACAAUUAAGGAGAUUCCUGCAGUAACCCUAGAAGUUCCCAUCGAAGUCUGGGAGGCUCCCACUGCCCAGGGGGUUUUCCCACUCAGAGGUGCACCCCAGCUCCCUCCAUCCCAGCGAUGAAGGAUAAAAACCAAUCAAAAUUAUAUUGACUUUUAUUAUGCAAAAAUGGUAACUUUUAUAAAAAGUUUAUAAAGCAAGUACAAGGCAUGUUCGCAGAAAAUCACCUUCCUGCACAAAAGGUACAAAAAGUUAUACUCUAGUAUAGAGCUCCACAAUACACGAGGCCACAGCCCCAGAGUUUAGUUCAUAAUCGAGGAUGUUUGUCCCCCCUCCACAAAGCCCCCUAAUUCCCACCCCGCCAUCUCAUUAAACACCUUUAAAAAAAAGGACUCGCUGCUAUAAUCCAAAAAUAUACAGACAACCUG